AGGGGGGGCCCUGCACGUGGAGUCAUCAGCUGAUCGCCCGAGCGCUCUCGCGCCGCUCGCUUCGCGAUCACGGCGCUGGCAAUGGCGGCCGUGGAGGAGGAGAGCCUGGAGUCGUGGCUCAACAAAGCAACCAGCCCCAUGAACCGGCAGGAGGACUGGGAAUACAUCAUGGGCUUCUGCGACCAGAUCAACAAGGAACUGGAAGGGCCCCAGAUCGCGACGCGACUGCUCAGCCACAAGGCGCAGUCACCACAGGAGUGGGAGGCCCUGCAGGCGCUGACGGUGCUGGAGGCCUGCAUGAAGAACUGUGAUCGGCGGUUCCACAGUGAAGUGGGGAAGUUCCGCUUCCUUAACGAACUCAUCAAAGUCGUCUCACCGAAGUACCUGGGGAGCCGCGCGUCGGAGAAGGUAAAGAAGAGAGUUAUCGAGCUGAUAUUCAGCUGGACCCUGGCCCUGCCGGAUGAGACCAAGGUCGCAGAGGCUUACCAGAUGCUCAAAAAACAAGGAAUCGUGUUGGAGGACCCGAUGAUCGAGGAGGACAAAACAUUGGUGCCGCCACCACGGCCCAAAGACACGCUCUUUGAGGAUGAGGAAAAGGCCAAGCUGCUGGACCGACUGCUCAAGAGUAAAAAUCCCGAAGACCUGCAGGCUGCCAACAGGCUUAUUAAGACCAUGGUGAAGGAGGACCAGGCGCGCAUGGAGCGUGUCGGCAAGAGGAUCAAGGCCGUGGAGGAGGUGGACGGCAACGUGAAGCUGCUGAGCGAGAUGCUGGCUCAUUACCGGCGCGAGGAUGCCUCGGACGACGAUCGCGACAUCAUGAAGGAGCUGCACGAGCGCUGCGAGAAGCUGCGGCCGACUGUGUUCAAGCUCGCCAGCGAGACGGCCGACAACGACGACGGCCUCGCCGAGAUCCUGCGAGCCAACGACGACCUGAUGAGGGUCAUGAACUCCUACAGGAAGAUUGUGGAGAACCGGGAGGUGAACGGAGACGCGGGGAAGAUGGAAACGGGCACGGCGCUCGACGGAGGCGCCGGGGGGGGGGACGUGUCGGCGCUCAUCGAGCUCGCCGGGCUGGACGUGGCGCCCUCGCUGCCGGCGCCACGACCCAAAGCGGCGGCGGCGGCGGCGGCGGUGGCGGUGACGCGGCCGCCGCCGCCGCCGCCGCCGCCCAUCUUCCCCGUGGUGCCGCCCCCUCCCGCGAGGCACGCUGGGAGCCUGGCGGGCGGCGCCGCCCUGGAGCGUGCGGCCAGCCUGCUGGACGACGAGCUCGUGUCCCUCGCCAUCGACGACCCCGUCCCCAACCCGACGGUGGAUCCUGCCGUGGUCAACUGGGACUCGAUCAUGCAGGACCGGUCGCUGGGGGCCGGCUCCUCGUCACGGAACGCGUCGCUGGUGUCCACGCCAUGCCACGGCGCCCCCAGGACUGACGUGUCGGUCCCCAGCGGCCUGGAGGAGCUCGAUCUGCUGGGCAAGACCCUGCUGCAGCAGUCUCUGCCGCCGCAGGGCCUGCAGGUCAAAUGGGCGGCACCGCAGGCCAAGCUGACGCUCAACGAGAUGCAGAGCAGCAGACUGCCGCCUAAUCUCUCGGCGGCGUUCCCCGCGGUGCCACCGCAGCCCCCGGCCGGCCCGUCCCAGGGAGCGGCGGCCGCUCUGGGCAUCGCCCGGCAGCCGUCGCUGGAGCUGGAAGCCGGACAGAGUCCACUCCGUGGCGGGGCCUCCUCCUCCUCCUCCCAGCCGGACGCGUCACUGGCCAGCGUGGUGGUCCCUCUCGAGUCGAUUAAGCCCAGCAGCGCCCCGCCUGUCACCGCGUACGACAAGAACGGGCUGCGCGUGCUGCUACACUUCGCCAAGGAGAGCCCGCCGGGACGCGCCGACGUACUCGUGGUCGUGGUGUCCAUGUUCAGCACGGCGCCGCUCUGCAUCGGGAACAUCAUGCUGCAGGCCGCCGUGCCCAAGACGAUGAAGGUGAAGCUGCAGCCGCCCUCGGGCACGGAGCUGCCGCCCUUUAACCCUGUGCUGCCCCCGAGUGCCAUCACGCAGGUCAUGCUGCUCGCCAACGCUCACAAGGACAAGGUGCGUUUGCGGUACAAGCUGACGUACACCCUGGGCCAGCAGCCGCAUUCCGAAGUAGGGGAGGUGGAGGAGUUCCCGCCAGUCGACAAGUGGGGCUACCUCUGACCCCGGAGCCUUUUCCCUCCUCGCCGGCUCUCCCGGUGAUCUCUGCGUGUCUGGGAGAUGCCAGCGGUGCCACCGAGGAGCCCUCGCGGUGCCACAGAGAUUGGGAUUUUAAUGAAAGCAGCGGCCGGCGAGAAAGGAACGAAUUCAUUCAAGUGUGGAGCGCUGUGUGCACAGGAGCCGGGUCAAGGCGUAGCGUCGCGUGCGUAUUUCCACGUCACCUUUUAAUUACCAUCCGUUGUUGUCCGUUAGAUGAGCAUUAGGCGUGGUGACGCACCAGCACAGGUUGUGUCGAUUGUCAUGUAAACUUGUGAUGUUCGAGCGUACAGGAUGCCACACGUGACGUGCUAACAAUCGCCGACGAUACGCACCCACCCCCCUCCCCAUGAGCUUACAGCUCUUGCCAGUGGUCCAAGGUUGUAAAGAAAUGAGGCUUCUAAGGCAGCCACUGGCUUACAUUUGGUGCAGUAGGGCACCCCGCAGAAUGUGCUUAACCAUUUAAAAGUGGCUGUGUGUGGGAUAAAAAAAAAAUAAACUCAUGGCACUGAGACGAGAGAUCGAUGAAGGUGGGAGACAGACUGCAAUGAAGUUUAGCAAAGCUCAUUCCCCCAGAAUUAAACUGUGAAAUGUCAGCUGUAUGUGUUUGCAGCAUCUGUGCUUUUUUUACAUGUUAUUUCUAUAUUGUUUUUGCUUUUGAACCACGUGCAUGAUAUCGCACUUGCCAUUGUCCCAGCACUCUAAGCGAAACUACUUGAAGGGUAUUUCAGGAAUUGCUUCGCUUGCCCGUGGCUGCUUUUGUGAGUGGCAUUGCUUGCCGGCUGCCAAACCCAGCCAUCCGUGUCACCCCCGCCAAUGCAAGUGCCUGCCAGGGCGUGCGUGUUGAGAUAAAGUUGAGCCGCCCGCUUUGUUGACGUCUGCCCUCGGCUGCUUGUACGCGACAGACAGAGCCACGAUUGCCAAAGGGUGAUUACAUUUAACAAAUCAAGUCUAUGGCACUACGGUAGCGGCCGUCAAGCUUCCCCAAUGAGUUUUCGGAUUGUGCCGCGUGUUAACCGGCGUGAUGUCCCGACGUUUCGCUUCCGCCACGGAGAAGUGAAGUUCCUGAAGAAGCUCCAAGCACUUGGUGGAGGCGGGAAAUGUCGGACGUCACGACGAACAACACGCGGUGCAAUCCGAAAACAGGUUUUACGGUGGUCGGUUUCACCCGGGUGGCACGUCUGUGACAAAGAGCUUCACCGCUCAUCGGAUUCCUGCAGUCUAAAUAACGAUUCUCAUUCUAAUUCUGGCACCUAGCUGUUCUGCCGCUGGCUGUCCAGGAUAAAUUGGGUCAUUGACAUUUUCUAAACUUGGCAGUGCAUUGGGAUACAAGACUGCCCACAUGCAGGAAUUGCCCACAGUUUGUGGUUUGGCCACAAUCGCGCUUCAAGUAAUUUUUGGGGUUACAUUUUAUUUAAAGUUUGUGUUGUGUGGUGGGGGGCUGGGGGUGGGAGUUGAACUUGGCCAAAUGCGAAGAUAACCCCGAGUCUAAGCCAGGUGUCGUGUUUUAGGAAUGGAAAUGACCUCGCGCUUUGACCUCGCGGUACCGGCGUGCGCUGGCACUGGGGGGAGGUGAGCGAUUCUGUGGCGGUGUCGAGGCUCCGACAGACCGGUGUAUCUCCCCCGACGGAAAUGCCAAUGCGCGUAAACGGCCCCCCUCCCCCCCAGCGAUAAGAACUUGCGUGUAAUUGAAUCGAUACGUCCGUGCGGUAUGUGUUUGCACAUCUGAAGCAGAAAUAAAAACAAUUAAAGAAUGGAAUGUUAAUUUAAAAAAAUCAAAAUUGAUAGGUAUAUGCAAGCAUCGUUGUUGUGCCAGACAUGUCCUCGGAGUUGUAUUUUUAUAGUGCUAACUGCUGCUCGCUGUGCAACGUGAAGAAUGUUAAUAUUUUGGUUUAAAACAGUGCCUCAUGCAUUUUUACCAGGUCUUUUUUUGCCAUUUGUUGACUCAAGAAUCGCGUUAGAGACUCGUCAAGCAUUCUUUACACCGCAUCACGCUAUCUCAGUGCAGCUGUGUUGCAGCAGCAGCCUGUUACAACAAUAACAAAAUAACGGCAUUGUCAAGGAUGUACCCGAGUAGCCGCUUGUAUGGAACGACCGAAGCGACGCUUGAAAUAACCAACACGUGGGUCGUUUUACAGAACUGGUCCACUGGGGUUGGAGGUUGAGCAGUCGUGGCGUUCAACAUUACGUUGUUCAUGACAAAGGUAAAUGGCCCCAGGAUUUUCUCGGCGACCAAACUAUACAUUUUAUUUUCGUUUAACUUUAUCUACGUGACUUUACCGAAAGACCCAAAGAAUAUAUUUUCCUGAACACCAGGUACCAAACGCGCGUGUGGAUUGCGUAGCGUGUGACCGCGUCCGUUAAACCAGAGACUUGACAAAGCUGGGGCCGGGAUCGAUGUCACCGUUGGUUUGAAGGCCCGCUGACUGAAGGUGCGAUGCUCGUGACUGACCUUUGGGCCGGGUGGCCCAGAGGUCGGAGCACUGGGGCGGCAACCACCGAGGCUCCGGGUUUCAUUCUGGGUGGACGUUGAACUUCGUUCGCACCGUACGUAGCCAACCGUGCUAGUGGGGGUGGGGGGUAUCGGCUGUCCGGGAUCACAACUGGGGUUUUUCAAGUGCACCGAGAUGGGAUCAGCCCGGACACCAAUGAUCACAUAAACUACCCCCCCAACCGAACACCGCAUGCGGCAUUUCGCGUAAUUUGGCCAUGCAAGAAGCAUCGUGAGUGAGGGAAACUGAAUGGAGGAGCUUUGAGUUUCUGCGAUGCCCCCUUACCAAAGCGGCGCUCUCUCGUGAGGGGUGAUGUGACGCCGCGCUUUCCACGAGCACUCAAAACUGUGUUCGUCUCGUGGUCGUGACGCCCUCAGUCCGGGUGGAAACUCAUGACAACCACGUGUGCGAGUUUGACUUUACUACCAGACACGUCAGCUGUUGAUGUACCGAGGGCAAACGAAGGUGUUGGUAUACUUGCUCGGAAAGCGUCCUGCGGAACGAGAUUUGGCCAUCGGGACUUUAGCCCAGGGUCGAGGCCUUUUUAACGUCAUAAAUAUUACCUGCCAGUGAUUCCGUGGUUCCCUUUUAAAAACAAAUCCCUUGCGAGCACUUGCAAUGAGCAGACGUGGUGUCGCCAUCCCUCGGCAUCUCUCUCCAUUCCACUGCUCAAUAGAUGUCCCUUCGCGUUUCGAGACAUUCCCGCGAUCGCUGCGAUCUUCUUCAGUUUCGGCAGCUGGCCUCGGCGGUGUUUGUAGAAAGCGACGCCGCGCCUGGAGCCAAUCGUCGAACGCGGUUACGGUUAUUUGUUUCAAGUUAUCGUCAUUGAAUGUAUCGCAUCCCUGUUGAUAAACCUGCAGCGACCAUAUAGAUCUUGUUUACGGCUUACCCACCCCCCAUCUAUACCUGCAACGUCAAUCUUAAACGCUAGAACAUCCAGCCCUGAUUAAGGGACCGUUGUUUGUUUUUGUUGUCUAAGCAGAAUGUAAUGAGCACAUAGAGAAAGACUCGCGCAUUCAAAACCUCGCGGUCGAGUCGGUGGGUCUUUGACGAGCAUGCUGGAGGCGUUUUAAUGAUGCACCACUCCCCUCGAUUACUGUAAUACCGAUUGCGUAUAAGCUCCUGGUACAUGCGUCACAAGCCGUGAUUCGUAUACAGUUGUGGCCCGGCUGCAUUCGCCAAUAAAUUGAUGGAAUCACGGCCACGAUUCGUGACACCGGUGGAAGGGGAGUGGUGGUGGUGCAUCAUCACACCUCGACACCAUGCCUCAUUCAGGCACACGACAGGUGGUGGUGGACGUGUCGACGCUUGUUGACGGAUGUAAAUAAAGCGAAUGUUGAGUAAGGCGCUGGGCACAUCACACUGCGUUUCGGUUUUUCGGGUGUUCUGCGUGGGUAUAGUGGCGGUGAAAAAAAUUACAUUUUAGUAUGCAGUAGA